GAUGAUGUGUACUUCGCGGAAGAGGCAUUGCUGAGCGAAUAUGUCCUCAACCCGAUAGGGAUCAUCUAUACUGGCUGCGUCGACAAUAUUGACCGCAAGUACUGGUACUAUGGUCAGUUUGAUUCAUCGAUUCUGGACAUAACCCUAGAUGUCCUAGAGAUUGCUGGUAUGAGCUGGCCUCAACGUGGCUCACCAGUCACAGUGGCUAGAAGCAUCGCAGCAGUGGUCAAUUAUCAAGACGACCGUGGCGUCUUACACGGUAAGUGGAAAGGGAGCUUCAGUGGCGGCGUCCCUCCCACAACCUGGACUGGCAGUCCUGCUAUCUUGGAACAGUACUGUAGGACCAAAUCUACUGUCAAGUAUGGACAGUGCUGGGUUUUUGCUGGUGUGACUCUGACAAUUAGUCGUGCACUGGGGCUGCCAAGUAGAUGCGUAACCAACUUCCAAUCAGCCCACGAUAACGACGGCUCGAUCACGAUUGACAUUUACCUUGACGCAGCUGGCAAUGAAAGACAAGGU